GCUGCUCUAAUCCUUUCAAAGCACUUUGUGAAGAUAGUGAAGGCACUUGGGGAUAAUCUCUGUGAAGCCACUAAAUUGGUCACCACUAAAGCAGUGAGAGACAUGAAACGAGGCUCCUGUAAUCUGCAGAGGGAGCCUUUCUCUCCUUUGGAAGCACGGACACCUGCAGACCCACCAAACAAACCACAGCAGUUUGCAAAGCCUCUGUUCUUCACUGGAGGGUGCCACCAGAAGGAAGAAGGAGAAAACUGCAAGCCGAUCAAGGCACCCUGGAGGAACAACAACAUCAGUUUUCUGACCAGAGAGGCAGCUGUAACAGAGCAAGGAGAGACUAUCAUAGGUUUCUACCUGUUGGCUUUAGGUUGGUUGUCUUGGUUUGGAAACAGCAUUGUGAUUUUUGUCCUGUAUAAGCAAAGACAUCUCCUGCAGCCCACCGACUACCUCACAUUUAACCUGGCAGUGUCAGAUGCCAGUAUCUCCGUGUUUGGUUAUUCACGGGGCAUCAUUGAAAUCUUCAAUGUCUUCAGAGAUGAUGGAUUCAUUAUCACGUCAAUAUGGACUUGCCAGGUUGAUGGCUUCCUGACACUUCUCUUUGGCCUGGCUAGCAUUAAUACCCUUACAGUGAUCAGUGUGACACGCUAUAUCAAGGGCUGCCAUCCUGAGAGAGGUCACUGCAUCAGCAACAGCAGCAUGUCGGUGGCGCUGGUUCUCAUUUGGGUGGCCGCUUUCUUCUGGUCUGCAGCUCCAUUGCUUGGCUGGGGCAGUUAUACAGAUCGCAUGUAUGGCACAUGUGAGAUAGACUGGGCAAAAGCCAACUUCUCCACAAUCUACAAGUCCUACAUUGUCUCCAUUUUUAUCUGCUGCUUUUUCCUGCCUGUCUCAGUCAUGGUCUUCUCGUAUGUGUCCAUCAUCAACACGGUCAAACUAAGCCAUGCAUUGACAGGACUGGGUGAUCCCACAGACAGACAGAGGAGAAUAGAGCGGGAUGUCACCAGGGUCUCUAUUGUCAUUUGCACAGCCUUCAUUAUUGCCUGGUCACCAUAUGCUGUCAUCUCUAUAUGGUCUGCCUAUGGUCACCCUGUGCCCAACCUCACCAGCAUCCUUGCCAGUUUGUUUGCUAAGUCUGCCAGCUUCUACAACCCCAUUAUCUACUUUGGAAUGAGCUCCAAAUUUCGAAGGGACAUUUUCAUCUUGUUCCAUUGUGCCAAGGAAGCCAAGGACCCUGUGAAGCUCAAACGUUUCAAAAACCUCAAACCAAAGCAGCCACAGCCUUCUCAGAAAGAAGAGAAGUAUGCACCAGAAAUGCACCCUGCACCAAGCCCUGAUUCUGGGGUGGGAAGCCCAACCAACACCCCACCUCCAGCAAACAGGGAAGUGUAUUUUGGUAUUUUUGAUACACCAUCCAAUAACCCCAAUAUUGAAUGUGAUAGAUUGUAAGUUUUGUGGCUGUUUAAUGCACACACACUUUGUGUUCAGGAAGACCCUCUACAGAGCAGCGCUUGAGUAAUUUACUAAUUCCCAUCCCAUCUGUUUCUUGCUAUACCACUGAUGACUAUACAACUCAAGCAAAUCAGAUGGUAAAGAGAUAUUUUCCUUCUAUGUAGGUACAAAAUGCUCCAAAAAGAUCAUUAAAAUGUGGGCAGCACACUCAGUGCCAGAAACACUUAAUUUCACAUGCAUGCAGGAAAAGAAAGACUGACUUCAGGAGAGCAGGCAUUAGCUAGCAAAAUUAACUAAUAAUUUCCUAUGCAAAUGUUAUCAAUCCUGGACUACAGUUCCAAGAAUGUCUUUUGCUCUUUAACAGUCACAGACAUAGGUGAUUGUUUUAGCUCUGUGGUACUUCACAGCCAUGGCUGUAGGAGAAGACUGGCCCUGCUGAGAUUGCUGUGGAGCUGCUACAGCUCCAAAGGCUGCAAGGUGGUGGAAAAAGCCUUCUACCCCCUGCAGGUGUGCCCAUUAUAGGGCUCCCAGACCUCACAGGCAUCUCAUGGGAGUGUGUCUGGUCAUAGGAACAGAGAAUACUUUGUAUUGGAAGGAACCUUAUACAUUUCCUCAUUCCAACCCCCGUGCCAUGGGCAGGUACA